UUCAGUUUCGUACGAGACUUUCAGGCUGAAACAAACGAAUUUCAAGCAUUUUUCACUCAAGAGAGAGAAUUGCAUUUAAAAUUCAAUGCAAACAUACAAAAAAAAAUCAAAUUAAAUAAAACUGGUUCAUACCUUAAUAAAUGGUAUUAAAAAGUGCAUAAAUAACCUAAAAGAAAGUUAUUUGAGAGACACACGCAAAAAAAAAACAAAGAAAAUAAAGUGUUUUGUUGUUACAAAAAAAAAACUCUAAAAAAACCAAAGUUCAUUGCACGUUUUAUACUUUGAAAGAAGAACACACAAACAAAGUGAAACAAACGACCUCGCACAACACACACACCAACAACAACAACAAAGAAGAAGAAGAAGAAAGAAAAAUAAAAAAAAAGCUCUAUAAUGGAUGUUUGGGGAUUUUGUGUAAGCGACUCCACCUUGUCGUAUGGCGGCUCAAUGCGGGGCGGCUAUUACCGGGAUUUUGAGCAGUUUCCGUAUGGAACAUUGGAGCCAUCAACCACGCCUUUUGUCGUCAAGGAUUCUUACAGUCGUGUCCAAGAAAAAUGCAAACAACUGAAAACUGAGAAACAAAUACGCAAGGAUUGUCCUUUCUGCAAGGAGCAUAAGAAACGGCCACUUGUCAAUUAUAUGCGCAAACGUGAACAACGCAAACAUCAUGAUAGCAUCUGUGAGGAUGAUGAGGAACUGCAUCAUGAGCAUGAGCAUGAACAUGACCAAGCGGCGGCAGUGCCACAGCAAUUGGCUUCAGUUAUGCAUCAAAGUUGCAAGGUGUAGAACAAACGACUUUGACGAUCGACAGACAAGUUAAUAGACAGCAA